AUGUCAACUAUCCCGGCUUGUUGCAUCUGUUCCUCGGUGCUAGAUACGAUAGACUCAAAAACGGAAAAGCCUACUAUCGCUGCACGCCACCUUUCGUGCUGUUCACGUCCCGUCUGCCAACGAUGCAUUGCCAACAAUCCUCGCUACAACUCGUAUUGUCCGUAUUGCCAAAUCUCCACAGAUCCACGAUCGACUCUUCCACAAGGUCUACGUGACCCACCGCCAUACAACGACACACAGGCUUCUGCUUUACCGCCGUCUGAAAAAGACCAGGACGCACCUCCUGCAUAUUCUGCGCACGAAUCAUUGCAACCUCCUUCAGAAAAGGCUAUCGAGAAUGCCCCAGAUGUGCUACACUUUUUGACCCCGACGGACACGGCUCUUUCAUUAUCCUUAGCCUAUGGUGUACCUCUUCAUGCUUUACGAAAGGCCAACAACGUCUUUGCAGACCAUCUUCUUCAAGGUCGUAGAACCGUCGUAAUCCCUGGAGAUUAUUACAAGGGCGGCGUGAGCCUAAGCCCAAGGCCAAUCGAGGGCGAGGAAGAGGAGCUGCGCAAGUCCAAGUUACGGCGAUUCAUGGUCACAUGCAAAGUAUCCGAAUAUGACGUUGCACAACUUUACCUGGAACAGAACGACUAUGAUUUGGACGGCGCUGUCGAGGCGUACAAAGACGACGAGAAGUGGGAGAAAGAACACCCGCUACAAAACAACGGCAAGGGCAAGAUGACUGCGCGUACUGUUGGUAAAAGGCGAUAUGUUGGCUCCUCGUAG